CCCAAACGAUAAUGGGUAGGCAUUAGGCAAUGAGUGGGUGGAGCCGUGGAGGUUAAACUCGUAACUUCACACACCACCUUGAUCGCCCCCGCAUCUCGCCACACCACGACAACAGUCGCUGCCAUUUCCAGAACAUACAAACUUACUUUCAAAAAGAUGUCUGCGUAUAGAGGCGAAGAUGAGUAUGAUUACUUGUUCAAAUUGGUUCUAAUCGGUGAUUCUGGUGUGGGUAAAUCCAAUCUUCUUUCAAGAUUCACCAGAAACGAGUUCAAUCUAGAAACCAAAUCAACUAUUGGCGUCGAGUUCGCUACCCGCAGCCUUAAUGUUGAUGGGAAGGUCAUCAAGGCCCAGAUUUGGGACACUGCUGGUCAAGAAAGGUAUCGAGCGAUCACAAGUGCUUACUACCGAGGAGCGGUUGGUGCUCUGCUAGUAUACGAUGUAACCCGUCAUGCUACUUUUGAGAGCAUCGAGAGGUGGUUGAAAGAGUUGAGAGACCACACCGACCCAAACAUUGUUGUGAUGCUAAUCGGCAACAAAUCAGACCUCCGUCACCUACUUGCUGUGUCUACCGAAGAUGGGAAGGCAUUAGCCGAAAAAGAGUCCCUCUAUUUCAUGGAGACUUCUGCAUUGGAAGCAACCAAUGUUGAAAAUGCUUUUAGUGAAGUGAUUACACAGAUUUACCGAAUUGUGAGCAAGAAAGCGGUUGAAGCUGGAGACGAGGGUGCUUCUGCAUCGGUUCCUUCAAAAGGAGCAACGAUCGAUGUCACGGAUGCAUCGUCGGGUGGUAAAGGGUUCGGGUGUUGCUCGAAUUAGGUGUUGGUUUGUAUUGUCUUCAGUCUUGUUCUGCAUCAAGGAGUGUUUGAGAAUCUUGAGCAGGUCAAAGGGGUGUGUGAUAGUUUAAGAUUUAUGAACGGGUCUUGAUCUAGAAUGUGAAAUAUAUUGAACUUGACUAUUUAUUUUUAAUUUCGAUUUAAGUUAAGAAUUAAGAAUAGGUCGUUUGUGUUA